AUGCUAUCUCUACCGCGACUCGCUCUCGCGGUAUUGACGACAGCAGCGACAACCGCCCUCGCGGCAAGCUGCCCGAACGACCUCAAGACGAGCUAUCCCUCCCCCGCGCCCAAGGACGGAUGGACAGUGCGCCUAGUGGCAAACUCGGGACUGAGCAAGCCGCGCUCCAUCCUGUUCGACGACUCUGGCGCACUGCUCGUGCUCGACCAGAAUGUCGGCGUGCUCCGCAUGGUGCUCGAGGACCAUGGCGGGAGCUGCGUCACUGUCGCGAAUACAACGACCGUGGUCGGGAAUAAGGACUCAAGAAGUGGGGGAGCAGGGGUGAAGCUACGUGGUUCUGCUUCCCAGCUGACACGCCAGUUCAACCACGGCCUCCAGCUCUCGCCGGACGGGAAGACGCUCUACGUCUCGACUGCGAACGACGUCUUCGCGUACGCGUACGACAGCAACGCGGGGUCCGUGUCGGGCGACCCCCGCGUGGUAGUGACAGGGAUGGACAACACGAUGCACAAGAGCCGCACGCUCUUCCUGACGUCGGGCGGCGACCUGCUAGUCUCGCGCGGCAGUGCCGCGAACGCGGACGUGCUGGCGCGCGAGGAGUCGAGCGGGCACUGCCAAAUCCGCUCGUUCGACGUCUCCAAGGAUCGCACGAAUUACACAGACGGGCAAGUCGUCGGCUGGGGGUUGCGCAACAGUGUCGGGCUCGGCGAACACCCGACCAAUAAAGGGGUAUGGUCCGUUGAGAACAGCGUCGACAACCUCCGCCGCCAAGGCCAAGAUAUCCACAACACGAACCCGGGCGAGGAGCUGAACUUCCACGGCCAAGCGGGCAACUACACAGGCCAGAACUUUGGGUAUCCCAUGUGCUAUACGCUGUGGGACACGAACAAUUUCCCCAACCUCGGCAGCCUGCGCACGGGGGACAACUUUGCCGUCGAGAUCGCAGAGGACACGAACAUCGCCCCGCUGAGUGAUGAGCAGUGCAAUGCCAACUCUACGCGGCCAGUAUUAGCGCUCCCCGCACACACGGCGCCGCUCGACAUCGUCUUCGACGACAAGGGAGAGCACGCCUACGUCUCCCUGCACGGGAGCUGGAACUCGGACCCGCCAGUCGGCUACUCUCUCAUCCGUGUACCCUUCGGCGAGAACGGAAUGCCCAAGGCCGCAGGGGACAGUAAGGACGGGUUCGAGGAGAUAGUCACCUCUCCGGACCUCAGCAAGUGUCCGUCCCAGUGCUUCCGGCCCGUUGGACUCGCGUGGGAUGCCAAGAAGCGCCUGUUCCUUGCCAGCGACACGACGAAGGAGAUCUUUGUGGUCAUGCCCAAGUCGGGCGAGGAUGAUGGGGACGAAAGCGCUGCGGCGCGACUCGGGCCGAGCGCCUGGCUCGCUGGAGCGCUGGCGCUGCUUGCUUGGAUGGUGUAG